UGUUCCUCAGUCCGUUCCCAGCGCCGUCACUCACGAUGCCAUUCCUCACCAACAAAGCAACAUCGCCGCCGCUCUCCUCACCGCUCACUCGUCGCUCACUGUUCGGCGUUGUCGACGAUGCCGCUGUCCUAACUGCCAGGACACUUCGCGAGACGCUUCAGCUGCCAAAGAGGGAACACGUGUGCCAUGUUCCAGGAUGUGGCAAGCUCUACGCCAAGACUUCUCACCUCAAGGCACAUCUGCUCUCGCACAGCGGAGAACGCCCCUUCGUGUGCCACUGGAUCUUCUGCAACAAGGCCUUCACUCGAUCCGACGAACUUCAGCGCCAUCUCAGAACGCACACCGGUGAAAAACGUUUCCAGUGUGAAGAGUGCGGAAAACGUUUCAUGCGUUCUGAUCAUCUGAACAAGCACGUCAAGACGCACGAGAACCGACGCGCCCGUCUUGCUUCUGCUUCUCCUGCCGAAGGUGACGACGUUGACGUGGAACUGUGUGACGAUGAGGAGUUUCUCUCCGUUACUCUGCCAGACUCUCCUAUAUCAGAAACAGAAGCUGAUCACGAAAUGCAGAUGCACACCAUCAGUCAGUUUUUAUAAUCCUAUUGGGAUAUUUAGUUGACGAAAAAAAGAAAGGUGAACCUGUAGAUAAA